CAGGAUCAGAACCAGGACUCGGAGAUGGACCGGGAUCAGAACCAGGACUCGGAGAUGGACCGGGAUCAGAACCAGGACCAGGAGAUGGACCGGGAUCAGAACCAGGACUCGGAGAUGGACCGGGAUCAGAACCAGGACCAGGAGUCCAGCAUCAGGACCAAAGCGGGAUCUUCCUCUGCUGGUCUGCAGAAACAUAAAGGCAAAGAGAGACCCACAAGUUAUCGCUGUGAUCACUGCAAGAAAGUCCUCACCACUUCAUCAGGUCUGAGAAUACAUAAGAUGAUUCACACUGGAGAUAAACCGUUCACUUGUGAUCUGUGUGGAGCAGCUUUUAUCACUAAAAGUAAACUAAAGAUUCACCAACGUAUUCACACUGGAGAUAAACCGUUCACUUGUGAUCUGUGUGGAGCAGCUUUUAUCACUAAAAGUAAACUAAAGAUUCACCAACGUAUUCACACUGGAGAUAAACCGUUCACUUGUGAUCUGUGUGGAGCAGCUUUUAUCACUAAAAGUAAACUAAAGAUUCACCAACGUAUUCACACUGGAGAUAAACCGUUCAGAUGUGAUCAGUGUGGAGCAGCUUUUACCAGACAAGAUCAUCUAAAAAUUCACCAACGUAUUCACAAUGGAGAUAAACCGUUCACUUGUGAUCAGUGUGGAGCAGCUUUUACUGAGUCAGGAAAGCUAAAGAUACACCAACGUAUUCACACUGGAGAUAAACCGUUCACUUGUGAUCAGUGUGGAGCAGCUUUUACCCAACAAGGUAAUCUAAGGACUCACCAACGUAUUCACACUGGAGAUAAACCGUUCAGAUGUGAACAGUGUGGAGCAGCUUUUACCACAUCAAGUGAUUUAAGGACUCACCAACGUAUUCACACUGGAGAUAAGCCGUUCAGAUGUGAUCAGUGUGGAGCAGCUUUUACCACAUCAGGUCAUCUAAUUACUCACCAACGUAUUCACAGAGGAGAUAAACCGUUCAGAUGUGAUCAGUGUGAGGCAGCUUUUACCACAUCAGGUCAUCUAAUUACUCACCAACGUAUUCACACUGGAGAUAAACCGUUCAGAUGUGAUCAGUGUGGAGCAGCUUUUACCACAUCAGGUCAUCUAAUUACUCACCAACGUAUUCACACUGGAGAUAAACCGUUCAGAUGUGAUCAGUGUGGAGCAGCUUUUACCACAUCAGGUAAUCUAAUGACUCACCAACGUAUUCACACUGGAGAUAAACCGUUCAGAUGUGAUCAGUGUUGGGCAGCUUUUACCAGACGAGAUAGUCUAAGGACUCACCAACGUAUUCACACUGGAGAUAAACCGUUCAGAUGUGAACAGUGUGAUGCAGCUUUUACCACAUCAAGUCAGCUAAAGAAGCACCAACAUACUCACACGAGUGAUAAACUCUAAAGAUGUGAUCAGUAUGAAGUGUGGAAUUGCAAAAAACACCUCAGCACAAAAAGCAAAAUAAUCAGACAUCAUCAUACCAAAACUUGAAAGACUAACAUAUGAUGCCCCCUGAACACCUCCUGGGAAGGUGUUCCUGGCAUGUCCCACCAGGAGAAGAUCCAGGACACACCGGAGGGAAUGUCUUUUGGCUGACCUGGGAACGUCUCUGGAUCCCUCCAGAAGAGCUGGAGGAAAUGUGUGGGGUGAGGGAAGUCUGGACAUCUCUGCUCAGACUGCUGCCCCCGCUAACCAGUCCCACAUCAAGUGGAUGGAAAUGGAUGGAUGGACAAAAUCCAUAUAUCUGCAAAAAGCACAAAUUUAUUGUUACACCAUAUUGAGAUACAGAAUGGGGGACCUCGCUGGCGGUGGGUUGCCUCCGUCCUACUUCUCCCCUCUGUGGGGUGGCCGGUGGCCUGGGUUCCGGGUUCUUCCUGGUCGGCCC